AUGUCGGAUGUGUCGAACUCCUUCUCAGCUUGGGAGACCCUGCCGGAGGACGAACCUCCGCUGUGCAUCGCAGUUCGACGCCCAGAGUCACCUCCACGCCACUAUGAGGCGCCUUCGUCAGAGCCUGGAAAAAUCAAAGCCAUUAGUGAUUUAUUCUCUCAAGCGCCUGGUAACGCAAUGACGAAGGCGAAAACGCCGAAACGUUAG